CUAGGAAAGCUGGUGGGAAGGACAACCAGGGUCCUUCUCUGACGCCCGUUUCCCGGGCCUGGGCCCGUCAUGUGCACCACUGCCCCUGGCUAGCAGAGAGCCCCACCCCAUGUCCCUAGUAGGAGCUGAGGCCCAGAGAGGGCAUCAGCUCUCUCCAGAUCACACAGCCUCUUGAGUUUAGGGGGUCAGAACCAGGGGAAGGGCCCUCCCCUUCCUGGGCUCCCAGGUGUAGCUCAGCAGGCUGCCCCCACAUACUCAACUGGGUGCCAUUUCUGAGAGCUCCUGCCUCAGAUUCCAGCCCCCCACCCCCAUUCUAUAAAUAUCCACCGAAAUGGGGAAGUGAGACCGCAGCUAAGAGAAGUGAAAAUUCCUAAGCACUCCCUGCCCUUGCCCUUUGCGGAGCUGGGGACCCAGCAUCUCCUGGGAGGGAGCACUUUGGUCUCCAGACAGAGAAGGGUUGGCUUCCAAACAGCCAGGUUCCCUGAGUAGCCCCUUUCUUCCUGUGAGAUCCUGCGUGAGUCAGCAGGAUCCCAGCAGCCUGGGUGGGCCUUUGAGAUGAAGACCAAGAUUUUGGACUCAUAACAGGGCCCAGAGACCCCUGCCCAAAGCAUCAGCAGGGCCUGGGAGGAGGGAGGCAGGUUCGUCCGCUGGCUCCUUCCACCACCCUGUCACCUGCAGGGGUGGCUCUGCAUAGUCAUUCCACCUCCUAGAGCCUCCUAGGCUGCCCUCCAGGGGUAGAGCCAAGGAAGGGUUAGCGGCCCUCCCAGAGGUCCUCCGGGAGGUCUCUGCUGAGGCCCAGGUCCCAGCGCGGUGGCUCCUGGAGGAGCUUUCACACCUUUACCACCCUCUGGUGACCCCAGCAAGAUGCAGGCACUAGCCAAGGUCCCCCAGCCUUGGGGGUAGAGGGAGGAGAGUGAGGGCAGCCAGGCCACACAGGAGCUGAGUGGCCUCCGAGGGUCAGCCCAGGGGGAGCCCAUCCGACGUGGCAAAGGCCGGGACCCGAAGCCUGGGGAGGUCCCUUCAGAACGCCACCUGGCACCCAAGAGGCCACAGGGGACCGUCCGGCGGCUGACUGCCUCCGCUCGGCUUCUCUCCUCGGUGACUCUGGACUAUCCUUGGGCCCUGCCCGCAGAGCUGGGUGGAAGACACCGGCCUUGGGGCUGGGCGAGGGGACUUCACCUGUGUCCCCCGACACGCGUGAGUGGGUGGGAGGGUCAAGGUUGCCUGGAAAUAACCAAAACACCCGUGAGGCACCCAGGUCUUUUUUUCAAACAUCAAAGAGCCAUAAAACCAGACUCCACUGGGAGCCAGUCCUCUGGGAUGGGUAACCUUGGAGUGGCCCUGGUCCUACAGGGGCUGCAAGGAGUGACCUGCUCUGAGCUAGUGGAGGCUCCUACUUGGGUGGCCAGCAGGGUGCGUGCCUCCAUAGAGACUUUCAGUGGCCAGGUGUGGGGUGGCCACCACCCCACCGCCACCACCUCUGAGCCUUAAUGAAGGUGCCCAUCCGGGUGGACUUAGCCCCUGUAGCCAGUGGCUCCUGGGUUGGACCCAGGCCCGUCCACCCCUGGCUGGACACCUGGCACGCGGCAGUCUGCAAAGCCCAAUCUCCUCUGGUCGACAUCCAGGUCUUAGGGAACCUCUGCAAAUAAGUCCCCAAGGCCGUGCCCAGCCCCUGAGUGACCCUUGGGGUCAGAAGAUGGACAGAAGGCAAAGACAGGAACCUGCCCACAAGACAGAGACCCAGUGGGCUGUGGCGGUUGGGCAGAGCUGCGGUGGGAGGAGACCAGGGCAACCUUUGGCUGCAGGGACCUGCCCAUCCCCCACAGCCCUGCUGGCCAGCGACAGGAGCGCUUCCUGCUUAGAAAUCUCCAGGCCCACGAUCAGCCCCGUCCAGCAGGCAGGUGCCGCAGCUGGGGCCCAGGAAGCCCAGACCCGCAUCAGCAGGGAUGUGCUCCGUGCCGGUGCCCCGGGCGCCCCUGCGCCGUGUGGCCGUGACGGGCGGCACCCAUGGCAACGAGCUGUCUGGCGUCUACCUGGCCCGGCACUGGCUGCGGGACCCCGGGGAGCUGCGGAGACCCAGCUUCUCUGCCACGCCCGUGCUGGCUAACCCGGGGGCUGCGGCCGCCUGCCGCCGCUAUGUGGACCAUGACCUCAACCGCACCUUCACGGACACCUUACUCGCCUCCAGGGCCACUCCGAAUGACCCUUACGAACUGACGAGAGCUCGGGAACUGGACCAGCUGCUGGGGCCCAAGGCCUCUGGCUCCGACCGGGCCUUCGACUUUGUCCUCGACCUGCACAACACCACCGCCAACAUGGGCACCUGCCUCCUGGUGGAUGGCGCCCACAACACCUUUGCCCUGCACCUGUCCCACCACCUACAGCUGCAGUUCCCCGAGGUGCCCUGCCAGGUGCUCCUGACCUGGCCACCGCAGUCGGCGAGGAAGAGCUUCAGCCUGGACUCUGUGGCCAAGAACGGAAUGACCGUGGAGCUGGGCCCGCAGCCCCAGGGCGUGCUGCGCGCUGCCGUCUUCUCCAGGAUGAGAGCCCUGGUGGCCUCCGCUCUGGACUUCAUGGAGCUCUUCAACCAGGGCGCGGCCUUCCCUGCCUUCGAGAUGGAAGUCUAUAGAAACCUGGGCGGCGAGGACUUCCCGCGCACCCAGGACGGGGACCUGGCCGGCAUGGUGCACCCGCAGCUGCAGGACAGGGACUAUGAGCCUCUGCAGCCAGGUGCACCCAUCUUCCAGAAGUUCAGUGGUGAGGAAGUGCUGUACGAGGGGGACUCCACUGUGUACCCCGUGUUCAUCAACGAGGCUGCCUACUAUGAGAAGCACGUUGCCUUCCUCCGGACCGAGAAGCUCAUGAUUUCUGUGCCCCCACUGCCACCGCUGUCACCCGCCCCCACGCAGGUUCUCUAACGCAAGCCACACUGCGGGCCUUGCCGUCGGUCUGAGCAAUAAAUGUCCAGGGCCCAU